CUCAAGGCGACAUCGAUGAGCCUGCAUAGAAAGCCACUCAUGCAGUGAACGCCGAGUUCGAUCGCGGGGCCAUCAUGGCUCGAGACCACGAAGAGACGCAACCACUCACUGGUACUUCAAGACCCGGAAAUCCUGACAAUGAUGAUGAUGAGGGGCGGGCAUCAGCAUCGUCGGGUUCGACAAUGUCUCUGAUGCUGGAACACACCAGCGAUAAGGCCGCGAUCAAGGCUAAAGAUGCAUUGUAUUCCGAUGGUCCACAACCAGAAGAUUUGGAAAUGGAGGAUCAACUGGCAUGGCAGCGAUCUGUGAAGCCAGCCGACAAGAAGGCACGGCGGAUACUAUACACGCUGAUUGCGAUUGGAGCAGUAGGCUGGGUAGCCGCCCUAUUCCUGUUCCUAGGCCAAGACAGACGAAUACCGCAUUCAGCGCGACCACACGACCCACACGCCACGAGCACCGCAGGAAAUGGCAAGAAGGUGACACUGGAAUCGGUUCUACACGGAGGGUGGUACUCUAAGGAACAUGCCAUUAGCUGGCUUCCAGGUCCCAACAAGGAAGAUGGUCUGCUGUUGGAGCGAGGUGGCGGCGAUGGCCGCGAUUACCUGGUUGUGGAAGAUGUGCGAUACAGAGGCGAAGACAUUUCGGUACAGAAGCAACACAGCAAGACUCUCAUGAAGUCCGCCACGUUCCUGGUUGGCAGCGAGACUAUUACUCCUGACAAUGCUCUGCCGAAUGCGGAUCACACGAAGGUCAUGAUUCAAAGCAACAGAGAAAGUCAAUUUAGGCAUAGCAGUACCUCUCGCUUCUGGAUCUUUGAUGUAGCAACGCAGACAGGCCAACCACUGGACCCUGACAACAUCAAUGGACGUGUCCAGCUCGCCUCGUGGAGCCCGACAGGCGAUGCAAUCGUGUUUACGCGCGACAACAACAUGUUUAUUCGGCACUUGAGUUCCGAUAAGGUGCAGCAGAUCACGAGUGACGGAGGUAAGAAUCUGUUCUACGGUGUGCCUGAUUGGGUGUACGAGGAAGAAGUCCUUGCUACUGGUGCGGCAACCUGGUGGAGUGGCGAUGGGAAAUAUGUCGCAUUCUUCAAGACCGACGAGAGCAAAGUGCCCAGCUUCCCGAUCCAGUACUUCUUCAGUCGGCCAAGCGGCAAGCAGCCCAAGCCAGGCGAGGAGAACUACCCCGAAGUCAACCACAUCAAAUAUCCAAAGGCAGGAGCGCCGAUGUCGGUAGUCAGCCUAAUGUUCUAUGAUGUUGUAAAAGAUCAAGUCUUCAGCGUGCCGAUUGAAGGCGAUUUCCCGGAUGAUGAUCGCCUGAUCACAGAGGUUGUCUGGGCCGGCGAGAGUGGUAAGGUCCUUGUGCGAUCUACCAACAGAGAAAGCGACCGACUCAAAAUGAUACUCAUCGACGCGGUCCAGCGGACUGGUAGAUCUGUGCGAGAGCGUGACGUGCAAGCACUUGACGGUGGCUGGAUGGAGAUCACGCAGACUACUACUUUCGUGCCCGCAGAUCAAUCCAAUGGCCGCAAACAUGAUGGGUACAUUGAUACCAUCAUUCACAAGAAUAACGAUCACCUGGCAUAUUUCGCUCCUCUUGACAACCCUGAGCCAAAGAUGCUCACAGAGGGAGAUUGGGAAGUGGUCAAAGCGCCAUCGGCUGUUGAUCUGGAAAAGAACAUCGCCUACUUUGUGGCCACUAAAGAUGGAAGCAUGCAACGGCAUAUCUACACAACAAGUCUACUUACUGGCGCCAAGAGCAUCAAGGCUAUCACCGACACCAGCAAGAUCGGGUACUACGAAGCUUCUUUCUCCACCGGAAGCAAAUUCAUGCUACUCACCUAUCAAGGUCCAGGCAUACCUUGGCAGAAGAUCCAGGCUACGCCUACCAAUGAAGGCUCUGAUGCCAAGCUUGACAUUACGAUCGAGAAGAACGAAAAACUAAACGAGCUUGCCAAGAGGACCGAACUGCCAAUCAAGAAAUUCACGACUGUUGAGGUGGAUGGGUUCAAGCUCAACCUCGUUGAACGACGGCCUCCACAUUUUGAUGAAAGCGGAAAGAAGAAGUAUCCUGUACUUUUCUUCCUGUAUAAUGGACCUGGAUUCCAGCAUGUUGACUACAAAUUCACUGUUGAUUUCCAAGCAUACGUCGCAAGCAGCCUAGGGUAUAUCGUUGUGACGCUCGAUGGUCUAGGCACUGGAUACCAAGGGCGAAAGCAGCGCACCAUCGUUCGUGGCAACAUUGGCUUUUGGGAAGCGUAUUCCCAGAUCGCGGCCGCAAAGAAGUGGGCUGCAAAGAAAUACGUCGAUGCUGAACGUAUGGCGAUCUGGGGUUGGAGCUAUGGCGGGUUCAUGGCACUGAAGACGCUUGAGCAGGACGCUGGUCGGACUUUUAAGUACGGUAUGGCAGUGGCACCAGUCGUAGAUUGGCGAUUCUAUGAUUCUGUGUACACCGAACGAUACAUGCAUAUGCCCCAACACAACCAAGCCGGAUACGACAACACUUCGGUAUCGGACAUGCAGGCCUUGUCGAAAAAUGUGCGCUUCCUGGUGAUGCAUGGAUUCAGCGAUGACAACGUCCAUUUCCAGAACACACUGCAAUUGCUGGACAACUUGGAUCAGGCAGGCGUGAAGAAUUAUGAUAUGCAUGUCUUUCCGGAUAGCGACCACGGCAUCUUCUUCCACAAUGCCAAUAGAAUGGUGUACAACAAGCUUAGAGAUUGGUUGGUCAAUGCCUUCAACGGCGAAUGGCUGCGCAUUGAAUCCCCGAUGCCGAUG